AUGGCCGCACCACUAAAGCUCCUCUUCCUGCACGGCUACACGCAAUCCGGCCCUCUCUUCCACGCAAAAACCAAAGCGCUCGAAAAGCUGCUCCUCAAGUCGCUCCCGGCCGGCACAACACUCACCUUCCCGACGGCGCCGCACCUGCUCAAGCUCUCCGACCUGCCCGGCCACACGCCCGCCAGCAACGAGGGCGGCGAGGAGCAGAGCGCGGACAACUGGGCGUGGUGGCGGCGCAACGAUGCGACGGGGGAGUACACGGGGCUGGACGAGACGUGGGCGUUCUUGAGUAAGCUGCUGGACAGCGAGGGCCCCUUCGACGGCUGCAUCGGCUUCUCGCAAGGCGGCGCCCUCACCUCCCUCCUCGCCUCCCUCCUCGAGCCCUCGCACGCCCCCUCCCGCCCCGCCGCCUUCACAACACCCCACCCGCCCUUCCGCUUCGGCAUCGUGUACAGCGGCUUCCGCGCGCCCGGCCCGCGCUACGACUACUUCUACGAGCCCAAGAUCGCCACGCCGACGCUGCACUUUAUCGGCUCGCUGGACACGGUCGUGGAUGAGGCGCGAAGCCUCGCGUUGGUCCAGGAGUAUGCCGGGGAGCCGAGGGUCGUGUAUCAUCCCGGCGGACACUAUUUGCCCGCGGGGAAGCAGUUUGCGAAUGUGGCGGUCGGGUUUGUGAGGGAGCAUAUGAAGCCGGUGGAGGUGGUGGAGGAGGUGGGGGUGGAGGAUAUGGAUGUGCCGUUUUGA